AUGGAUUUGCGCAUAAAGGACUGCAAUCAACAGACAGAAUAUUGGGCCAGGGCAUAUAAAAUGGGUGAACCGAGGAGACCAAGGAAUGUCAUAGCCACCUUAAACAAACUUCAAAAGUGUCCACAAAUACCAAAGAUUUUAGCAACAAUAACUGGAAGAGAACCAAUACCAAUGAAUCUCAUUGUGACUGAUUGUGGUGAAUUGGCAAAAUGGGGUGAUAUCAGCGGAAAGAUGACAAGUGCCGAUAUUCAGCAUUAUGCUUAUCAACUUUUUAUUGCCUUGGAUGCUUGCCAUUCUCAAAAUAUAAUCCAUGGUACUGUGAAUACAAGUAGUCUGCUUAUUGAUGAGACCAAAAAGCUACUUAAAUUAACUGAAUGGGAUGAUACAGAAGAGUAUGAAGAUGGAAAAGUUCACUGGACAAUUCCCAAUUCUCUUUACUUUCAAAGUCCAGAACUACUUUUCGGUGUCAAGCAAUACGACUAUGGUGUAGACCUGUGGGCUGCAGGCUGCGUUAUUGCCAGCACAAUAUUCAAAGUACCGUAUAUCUUUGACGGCAGGACAAGAAAUCAACAAGUGAGUAGGAUCGCAAGGGUUUUGGGAAACGAACAGCUACUAGAGUACGCAGAAGAAUUCCAAAUAUCGAUUAGUAAGAGGCUGAGAAAGAGAAUUCGAAGUUUUAGGGAAAGAGGCUUUCACACUUUUAAAACUGAAAAUUGUGAGCAAGUAGCAACUGAAGACGCCAUAGAUCUAGUGCAGAAAUUGCUUGUCUACAAUCACACAAAGCGCAUAAAGGCUAAAGAGGCCCUCAAACUGCCAUACUUUUCGGAAAUUCAAAAAGAAAAUUAUCUGAGUACUGAAAAUACAAAUAAAAAAUGUUCUACCGAACAAAGUAUUGUCGAACUAAUUGAAGAUGCGUCCCAACCAGAUAAAGAUAGUUAUCCAAAAUUUUCUAACCAUGGACGAAUCGGGAGUGGUGCGACUGGGUCGGUGUAUCAUGUGAAAGGUCCUGAAAAUUCCCACAAUUUUGCUGUAAAAACUUUUGAAUCGGCAGAACGUCAUAAUUUGUGGGCGGAAUUGCGUUUUCUUAAAUACCUCGAUGGGUGUCCGAAUACAAAUCGCUGUCUUGGUUACAUUAUGGGUGAAACAAUGCGUUUACAAUGUCUUAUAUUUGAGUUCAUUCCAACUCAUCAGUGGGGAGACAUAUUUUAUGACUUAGCGGAGGAAGAUAUCGCAAUUUACGUCCGUCAAAUGCUGCUGGCACUUCAAGGUUGCCAUAGUCGAGGAAUAAUGCAUCGGGAUGUUAAACCCAGCAAUAUGCUCUUUGAUCACCACAGAAGGAAGGUGUACCUUACCGAUUGGGGUCAUGCUGCGUUCUAUAAAGAGGGCGCAAUCUACAAUACUUCUGUUGGAACUCCAAGAUAUUGCAGUCCGGAAGUAUUGUUGAAUUAUCCGAAACACACUUACGCAAUAGAUAUAUGGCCCAUUGGCUGCAUAUUGGCUAGUGCCAUAUUUCGAGUGAGAUACAUUAUCGAUGGCAUUACCAGAGAAAGUGAUCUACUUCUAACUGUGAAAUUAUUGGGAAUCAAUAGUCUACGUAACUUCUGCAAAAAAUACGGGAUCGGCUCUUCAGGUCUUAGUGAUUGUGAAGAACUGUUGGACCGCCAGCGAACUGACUGGAAGAAGUUAAUUACAGAAGCCAACGCAUCGGUUGCAACAGAUGAAGCGAUUGAUCUACUUGACAAACUCCUUGUAUUUGAUCCUGAAUUGCGCCUGACUGCCAGCGAGGCACUGAAACAUCCGUUUUUAAACAAGUUUCAACACAGUGACGCUUAA